AUGCUGAGGAGAGAAGAGCCAGAUUUGGAGUUAACUGAAAAACUUAAAAUAUUUGCCGCUGUGCACUGGCGUGGCAUAGUAACCAUUGUUGUGCCAUUAAUUUUCCUACCGAUUUUGUAUAUGAGUAGUCCCACUGAGCCCCACCAAUAUGCAGCGUACUGUUUGUGUUUGAUGGCAGUUUAUUGGGUCACAGAAUGCAUACCGUUAGCUAUCACAUCCUUUCUCCCAGUCAUAAUUUUUCCUUGGGCAGGUGUUUUGAGCACAAAUGCUGUCUGCAGAGCGUAUAUGAAUGAUACCUUAAUGAUGUUUGUUGGUAGUAUGAUCCUCGCGUACUCAGUGGAACAAUCUGGACUGCAUAAACGGCUCGCUUAUUUCGCAAUCAGGAUAAUUGGUUACUCGCAUAUAAAGCUACUUCUAGCAAUGUCGAUCGUUACAACCUUCGUUUCCAUGUGGAUAACCAAUACUGCAGCAACCACUAUGAUGGUGCCUAUCAAUUUUGCUAUACUCAAGGUGUUUGAAGAUCAAAGACUUAUAGUAAUCUAUGAAAAGUCAAAGGAUGGGGAAAGGGUUGCAAGUGAUAUAACUACUUGUUAUUUUUGCGCUGCGACGUAUUCAGCUACUAUAGGUGGAAUUGGAACGUUAGUGGGAACAGCAACAAAUUUAGCGUUUAAAGGACUUUUUGUAGCAAACUACCCCAGAGCGCCGGAGUAUUUGUCAUUUCCAUUAUUUUCGGCGUUCUCCGUUCCAUAUAUGAUUAUUUUGGAAGUGGCAAUGUUUUUAAGCAUGGGUAUUCAAUUCUUGGGUUUGUUCAGACCGCAAAGUGAUUUGGCUAAGAAAAUAAGAAUUACUCCAGAGGGUAUUAAGGCAGCUGAGAAUGCUGUAAAACUAGAUUCCGCUAAACUUGGACAAAUCACCUUUUGGGAAAUAAUGGUCAUCAUUUUAUUCGGCGGUGCUAUGGUCAUGUUUUUCUGCCGGUCGCCUCAAGUUUUUCCCGGUUGGGGAGACGCUAUUAAAGGUUACUUCAACGUAGAGGAUGCGAAAUUCGUCCGCGAUUCGGCUUUGGCAUCUGUUGUGAUGUUUCUGAUGUUUCUUCUUCCGUCGACUACUGACAUUAUCAAAAACUUUACUGGAAAAUAUCACGAAGAACUGCCAAAAUCAAGUAUUCCUUCCGUCUUAAGCUGGUCCGAAAUUGUUGGCAUUAUGCCGUAUAGCUUUACAUUUCUUCUGGGAGGCGGUUUUGCACUGUCCGAAGCGGCCAAGACAACGGGCCUGAACGAGAAGAUUGGCGAGUCACUCUCAAAUUUGAAAACGCUACCGAACAUUCUGAUAAUUUUGCUUAUAAUCAUAAUCGUUAUAUUCUUUACGAACUUCGCUUCAAACGUCGCUAUUGUUAACGUGUUUGCGCCUAUUUUCAUGCAAAUGGCCAAGCAAAUCGACCAAAAUCCUCUGUGGUACUGCAUUGCAGCAGGUUUCACGGCUUCCUUCUGUUUUAUGGUACCAGUAGGCACUCCUGGAAAUCUGAUAGUUCAAAGCUCGGCCAGUAUUCCUACACAGAAAAUGAUAAAGGCCGGCCUUGUCCCGACAGUCCUAACUGUGAUUAUAACUUGGCUCGCCGUGUACUUCUGGGCCCCGGUCAUUUGGCCGGACUUGCACUUGAUGCCGGACUGGGCGAAAUAA